CAUGGGUGACAUAGAACCCUACAUUCCUUUCUUUUUUGUAUGCCUCAUAUCCACCAUCUUAGUCUGGGUAUUUUCGAAAUCUAGCUGCGCUAAAUCUCAUAUUCCGCCGACUCCAUUUGCCCUUCCGAUUAUUGGACAUCUCCACCUACUCUUGUCCAUCCCGCAUCAAGCUCUUCACAAGCUUUCAUAUCGAUAUGGGCCCAUAUUUCGUCUCUUUUUGGGCUCCAAACAUAGCGUUAUUGUUUGUUCACCAGUAAUGGCAAAAGAAUUCCUUAAAACACAUGAACAUGUGUUUUUAGAUAGACCCCGAAUCUUAGCCACAGAUUACAUUAGUUAUGGAAACAAAGGAUUGGUAGUUACUUCUUAUGGACCGUACUGGAAGUUCAUGAAAAAGAUAGUUAUGUCAAAUCUCCUAAAUAGAAAAACACUAGACAUGCUUAGUUCAGUUAGACACAAAGAGAUGAACGGUUUUAUAAAUUCAAUAUCAAAAAAGGCGAGAGUUGGGGGGGCUGUGAAUCUUGGCAAGGAGCUGAUGAAGCUAGUUAACAACGUGAUAUCAACAAUGCUGAUGGGUGACAAAUGUACAGAUGAGCAGGAGGAUGUUGCAGAUGAUUUGAUGAGCUUGGUUGCUGAUAUGUUUCAGGCAUCUGGAAUCUUUAACCUUUCCGAUUACAUAUGGUUGUUUCAAAGUCUAGACUUGCAGGGAGUAGGAAAAAAAGCGAAAAAGUUUCGUGCAAGAUUAGAUGUAAUGUUAGAGAAGAUCAUAAAAGAGCAUGAAGAAGCAAGAAAGCAUGGUGGAGAACUGAAAGAUUUGCUUCACAUUUUACUCGAUAUAGAACAAGAUGAGAGCAUGGAAAUAAAGUUGAGCAGAGAAAAUAUCAAAGCCUUCAUCCUGGACAUCUUUCUUGCUGCAAUAGACACUUCAGCGGCUACCAUGGAAUGGGGUUUAUCACAACUAAUCAAUCACCCAGAUAUCAUGAAAAAGGCACGUGAAGAAAUCCAUCAAGUUGUCGGUGAAAAUAGGCUUUUGCAAGAAUCAGACAUACCAAACCUUCCAUACCUACAAGUAAUUGUGAAGGAAACAUUACGUCUCCAUCCAGCGGUCCCAGUGUUCAUACGAAAAUCAACAGAAGAUGUUAUGGUGGCAGGUUACCAUAUUCCAGAAGAAACUCUAGUUUUUAUCAAUGUGUGGGCCCUUGGCAGAGACCCAAAUCAUUGGGAAAGCCCACAUGAAUUUCGGCCCGAAAGAUUCCAAGGAAAAGAGAACGAAUUAGAUGUGAGAGGGCAACAUUUUCACAUAUUACCAUUUGGUAGUGGGAGGAGGAUGUGCCCCGGAAUAUCACUUGCACAUUUUAUAGUACACACAACGCUUGGGACAAUGAUUCAAUGCUUUGACUGGAAGGCCGGGAAAGAUGGAAAUCUACAAAGUGUUGAUAUGGAAGAGGGUUACGGGCUCACACUUACUAGAGCUAACCAUUUGGUAUGUGUCCCGGUGGCUCGUAUUGAUCCUAUCCCAUUUUCAAUGUAACAUGUCAUGCAUAAUGUAUCCCAACCGAAUAUCCACUCAUCCUGAUGUUAGCAUGUUUGCAACUAAAAUAAGAGGAAAUCAUAUCUAUCCA